ACGAGGCCAUUUUUGCACAUGGAGGGGCUCACAGUAGCAUCAUCAUCCUCGCAUACAACCGCCCUUUCCCUGGGAAACAAGGAGGCAGGCUCGAGCUAUUGGAUAUCUGAUAAACGCGAGCUGUUCCUGGGCUGUCAGAUUGGGGGCACCCAGCCACGACGCACAGAGCAUGCGGGAAAAAAUGUGAGCGCUCGUCUCCUCCUCCUCUUCAGCCAGCCCCUCUUCAGUCAAGAGGUGUUGUCGUGGUGGGACGGCGUUUUGCCAGGAGUAAAGGGACAGUUUUACUGCAAUGCUUUCUACAUAGCUCGGAGUGAGAGCAAGUUACCCGGGAGAAAGGGUGUUGACCGAGCCAAUUGAGGACGUCGAGGCAGGUGUGCGGUGUCAUUCGGUAAUUCUUCUUGCCAAAAGGGUAGACGCUGUCCAUUUUUCCGUCUCAUAUCAGAUUUGUGUGGACUUUAAUUCCGGUCAAGCAGGCUUCUGUCGACUGGGUUGAUACAGUAUUUUGUUGCAGAGCGAAUUUCUACAGAUGUCUCCGCGUUCGUUUUGAGCUGCAAGAGUAGUUUGCGCCAACGACUCUGCAAUAGGUGCCGGUAUGGCGGAACUGGCAUCUGGGUAUGUAGAGGAAGAACGGACAGACUAGACUCUGGAUUUAAAGCAAGAGGUGGAGUGUUGAAUUGAGAUCACCGAUGUUCGUCUCUCCCAAAUAAGUCUCCCGGCUUUUGAUUUUUAUGACGGAAAGUGUACCCAGCGACGGUAGAACUGUUAGGAGAACUCUUCAACAUGAAUACAGAUAGCGGAGGACGCACUCGCAAAAGCGCCGCCUUGCUAGUCACUCGCUCCAACAUGAAGCGGGUCCAGAGUGUCCCGAAUCUGGCUACAGGGAGUGAGUCUCACUCGUCAGAUUCAGAUGCUUGGAGGUCACGCAGCACCGAUGGCCUAAGGAACGGCGACGACAUCACUUCCUCCUUGGCUGCCAAGGGCUUCCGCAGCGUCAGGCCAAACCUGCAAGACAAGAGGUCCCCCACACAGGGCCAAGCUAUUCAAGUGGCAAUGAAUGGAGGUGCUCCCCACCCCCAGAGACCAUUCUCACCUCCGGCCUACCCCCCUCUCCCCGCCUCGUUCAGCCCAGGGGGGGUUCACAUGCAGAGUCGGAACGCAGAAGGUUCAGAGUCGGUGAUGUGUGAGUCGGUGUUGUCGGGCCACACCAGCAUGAGCAGCACGGUGCCCAUCGCCCGCUUUUCAGAGGAGGAGAAGAGGGUGUCGGUCAUCAAGGCGCCCCACUACGAGGGCAUCGGCCCCGUGGAUGACACGGGCAUCCCCAUCGCCAUUCGCACGACGGUGGAUAGGCCGAAGGACUGGUACAAGACCAUGUUCAAGCAGAUCCACAUGGUUCACAAAGCAGAUGACGACUAUGCCGACACGCGCAACGCCACAUACACUGUCAUCGGUGACAGCGCCACAUAUGGUCAGUCCUCCAACCCCACCAUGGCCUACCCUCCCCCCAGGACACAAACGUACCGGCCCCUGGCCAAGAGCCCGUCGGACAGCGGAAGCCCCGGGACCUUUAGGGAGCCCUCCCCCGUGCCUCCGCCACCCCCGCCCAUGCCCUCCCUCCUCCAGCUGAGGUCCAGAGACAGCGACCGGGAGCGAGACUCGCCUGACACCAUGAAUCAGUGGGGUCCUCCCGAUAGGAAAGUGGACACUAGAAAGUACCGCGCUGAACCCCGGAGUAUCUUUGAGUACGAGCCCGGGAAAUCAUCCGUUCUGGAGCAGGAGAGGCCGACCUAUAAGCUAAACCCAGAUGACAUAGAUUUAGAGAACGAGCCUUGGUAUAAGUUCUUUUCCGAGCUGGAGUUCGGCCGUCCGCCUCCUAAAAAACGGCUGGAUUAUAAUCCAGACAUCUGCCCUGGCCGACUCACCGAGACGUCGCUGUACUUCACUCCGACUGCUGACCGGGUUCCAGAGAGGCCGGCGAGUGCUGCCAGUGACUACAGGAAGAGGAGGAAGUCGGAGCCUUCGGGUGACCAGGGCAAGAACCAGGUCUCCCCAAAACAACUGGACCCUUACAGAGGCAGCAGCACACUGAGGAAACCAGCCACACGCUCCUCCCCCUCCUCCCCCUCCAGAGCCAAAGGUGGGGAGGCGUGCGACAUGACCUGCUCCCCCCGUUUGAGCUCUUCCCCGGGCCCGUACCUCCGCUCCCCUCUCUCCCCCGUGCCCUCCAACCUCACCCACCGUCGCUACGACGACGGUGCCAACCUGGGGGGCGCCUCCUCCUCGCCCCUCAAGCGCGUCACCUGCUUCAAGAAUGGCUGGCAAACGCGGCGGCAGGACACCGAGACAUGGAGAAGCGCCGAAGACGCGCCGCCCUCGCCCGCAAAGCUGAGGUCGCGUAGCUGUGACAACCUGCUCAACGACGGGCACCCGGGCGCCACCGGCGGGCACAAGGCUACCCGUUCGGAGAGCGCCGGGUCACUGGUAUUCGACAACCCAUUGGGGCAAACCGCAUCGUCCUCUACCCGCUCCUUGCCUCGCCCGCACCGGCGACGUGCCCACGACGCGCCAGGCUUCCUGAAGCUCUACCGCAAGAUGCACCACAUCGACCGCGCCCAGCUGCUGCCCUCUGACGUCAUCCGCUCGGUCCGUGCCCGCAUCCUGGAGCUGGAGCGCCAGCCGCACCUCUUCCCCCGAAAACUCUCCCCCUGGGGGCCGUCGUGGGGCCUGGAGGUCCCUCGCGAUACGGUGCCAAUGCGCAUCUCCACAUACGAGCAACUCAUCCAGAAGUCCAAGUCCAUGCCCGACUUGGGAGAUAGCGAGGUCCCGUCUGGCGCAACCACGCCCGGCGGGUCAUCAUCCCGCGCCAGUAGUAGCGGGGGAGGAGGCGGCGGGGGCAGAGAGACACCCGGGUACCCCAAACGGCGUUUCUCCAUUGAGUCUCUGCUGGAAGAGGACAUUAACAACGGGAAUGGGAACGGGACGUCCCAUCACGCUUUGGACCACCAUCACGCUCACCAGGGUGCAAGGAGCCCGCCCGAGGGUCAGCCCCGCCUCGCUCUGGACCCCCACGAUUUUCCUGACCCCCUCGUUUAUCGACGGGCCGCUGUCCCGGGGGCCGAGUACUCUGAGUCUGAGCAGGAUGCAGCCGCCUCGGACCUCAGUGACUUUGUCCAAGUCGAAGGAUCCUCCUUCUGCAGCGAGAGUGACUUUGACCACUGCUCGCUCACCUCGUCAGUCGAGAGCUUCUACGGCCCCUCCUCCCACCACCACCUUCGCCACCACCACAGCCACCACAACCCCAGUCAUCAGUCUCUCGGUCAGGGUCAGGGCUACCAGCACCGUCACCUCAUCAGCUCGUGUAAAGGACGCUGCCCGGCCUCCAACACCCGCUUCACCACCAUGCUGCGCCACGAGCGGGAGCGGGCCCGCCAGGAUCUCCGGCAGAAACCCCCCCAGACACAGCAAACCAGACACGACGGAAGGGGAGGGAACGGAGGGGACCACCAUGCUCUACCCCCCUCGUCCCAAGCAGCCCAAACCCAGCAGGGGAUGUCCAAGCUGGCCUUCCUCGUCAGUCCCGUGCCUUUCCGGAGGAAAAAGGGUGAUUCUCCACCCACUUCGAGAAGAGGUAGUGGAGGUCGAAGUACCAGGCCCAAGUCUAAAGAAGCCGUCUAUGAAGCUUUGGAUGCGGCCUUGAGGGAUAUCUAUGAACACAUCCAAGCGGAGCGAGGCCGGAGCGGCGCUAGGCUACCAGACGAUAGCAUCCUCCGGAGGCUACUGGCUGAGAUCCUCCCAGAUGUGCCCGAGAGGAGCUCCUCGUUACGGGGGCAGAGGGCGAGCCGCAAGGGGGGUCCUUCCUCCAGCUCCUCGUACCCUGACGGGAGUCCGACCGGGUACGGCUCGUCGCCGCGGCUACAGUCUCCGCGUCUACAGUCGCCGCUAAGUGCCUGUUACAGUCGCCAUACCGAUGCCUCCAAUAAUGACAACUAUGGAGAGGAGCCAGGCAACGGCAACGCAGAGCAGGAUGCCUCCAGGGGGUACAACACAACCACCAGCGACGGGGGAGGGGGGCAGACCAGACGAGCCACCCCGGACAGAGAGGUCUCCCAUAAGCAGAUGACCCAACUCAUUCUCUUCUCUCUCCUCCAUCAGAAACAGCCUGCCAGAGCUAUAUAUGACUUUAAGGCACAGACUGCUAAAGAGCUGACAUUCAAGAAGGGCGACGGGGUCAACAUCAUCAGACAGAUCGACAGCAACUGGUACGAGGGAGAACACCGCGGACGACUGGGCAUCUUCCCCAUCUCCUACAUAGAGAAGAUGCCGUUGCCAGAGAAACAGCAGCCGAUUAGGCCUCCUCCACCAGCACACGUCAAAAAGAUCGGGGAGGGGGUGGCCCGUUACAACUUCAACGCUGACACUAACGUGGAACUGUCCCUCCGCAAGGGUGAGCGGGUAGUCUUGCUGAGACAGGUGGACCAGAACUGGUACGAGGGGAAGAUCCCAGACACCACCAAGCAGGGCAUCUUCCCCGUGGCCUACAUAGACAUCGUGAAACGCUCGCCGUCCAAGAGCCCCGCCCCCUCCCACCACCCAGACCCACACGGCUACCCCAGCAACAAGACACAGGGCUCCACGCCCGCCAAGCCAUUCGACAGCUCUCCCACCCCCCCUUCCCUCCAUCACCACCAUCCUCCUCGCUCCACGCCCCCCUCCCCCCACACCCCUCCUCCUCCUGUGAAGACCCGGCGUCUGCAGGCCGUCACCGGCGAGUGGCUCGCCCUCGGCCCCCCCCUCCUCCAAUAGCCCCGUACCACCCACGCCGCCCCCCAUCCCCCCGAGCCUCCUCCCUUUCCUGGAAGCUCAAGAACGGAGGGCCACCCCUCCUGCGCCGCCCAAACGCGGGCUCACCCCUCCGCCACGAAAUGCAUCCAGUCGUCUCGCCGCCUCCGUCCCGGCUGUCAAGCAGUGGCUGUUUGACUUAGACUCCCCCCCCUCAGCCCCUCCUUUCUCUCCGCCCCCUCCUGACUCCUCCUCCCCUCCGCCUCCCCCGUGCCUGACUCCUUCCUGGGAUACCUCGAAGAGAGGGGCCUAAGAGACAGUGAAGAGAACGAACCACUGUCCCUAGCAGGCAGAGGGGGGUUCUUCUGCGCUGAACCCGAGCCAGCGGACACGCACGCAGAUUUGUUGCCGUGGUACAGGCCAAGUGCUCAGCCAGUAUCCCUAGAAACAGAACCCCCGUCUCUUCAGGAGCAAGUGGACGAUCCCUAUGAUCAGUUGUUGUCUAUGAUCCUGGAUCAGCCCAUGUGUGACGAAGACGGGGGGGAGGUUCUCAGGCCGGCCGUGGAACCCCCGCACGUGGCACUGACCAACGAAUCACAGAGCGGGGUUAGGCUCGAGACGGAGUUUCAUAGGCCCGUGACUACACAGCCCGUGUCCAUCACGCAGGACAGCCAAUCAAAAAGGGUGAAUAGGAGGACGGCGGGUUCUCAGAGGCCGAUGACAUUGUACAUUGAGGAAGAGGAGGAAGCUAUAGGAGGGGAAGAAGAGGAGGAGGAAGAAGAAAAAAGGAACAUUGAUAUAGACUGUGGUACUAUAACUGUCCACAGAGAGGGACUGAAAACAGAGGUAGCGCAUGAUGUGUGGACCAGGUUUCAGACUCAGUUGAAGCAUACAAACAUGCUUGCUAACACCUAACCCGAGCCAAUUCCAAGCAGUUUUACAGUUUGAUAAUACAUUUAAGAUGUACUUAUUAUAAUUAAAAAUACAUGGUUAACCAGGGCUUGGAUAUAUGGAGGCUUUUAAGUCAUGAUUGAAAUGGAAUUGACCCUAAACCCCUGUAGUUUCACAUCUUGCCUUUUCUGGCUCCUUUUACUUGAUUAUGCAGAAUAAUGCUUCGAUAAUGAACCUACAUUUUGGAAUGGUGAUUCAGCUCGAGGUUUGCCGCUGGGUGUGAUUGCUGUCACCUUUUCCUUCCCUUCCCAGGCUGAUGUCUAUCCUUCCCGCUGUUACAGCACUUUGUGCAACCCGGCACCGUUAGAGCCCAUCACCCUCCUCCCUCCCCCCGUCUCUCCUCCCUCCUCACCA